ACCCGUCCGCAUACGAAUCUAACCCGGGAACUGAGUCGGAGGGGCGCGGUCUGUGCAGUUACUUACCUGGAGCUAGCCGACUUCUGACGUCCUCCUGACUAGCAAGAUGUGCUCCCUGGGCUUGUUUCCCCCGCCACCGCCUACGGGUCAAGUCACCCAGUAUGAGCACAAUAACGAGCUGGUAACGGGCAAUGAUUACGAGAGCCCGCCUCCCGACUUCCGGGGCCAGUGGAUCGAUCUUCCUAUUCUACAACCGAACAAGGAUCUGCUAAAGACCCCUGGGAGGCUGGACCAAAGCACAAGAACUGCUUUCAUCCAUCACCGGGAACAAGUGUGGAAGCGGUGUAUCAACAUUUGGAUCGACUCCAGUAUCCCAUACAUGCCAGGCAAGUACUCUACUACUGAGCUACAACCCCAGCCCAUGCGUGAUGUGGGCCUUUUUGGGGUGCUGAAUGAAAUUGCAAACUCAGAGGAAGAGGUUUUUGAAUGGGUGAAGACGGCAUCCAGCUGGGCCCUGGCACUCUGUCGAUGGGCCUCCUCCCUCCAUGGGUCCCUGUUCCCUCACCUGUCUCUCAGGAGUGAAGAUCUGAUUGCUGAAUUUGCCCAAGUCACAAAUUGGUCCAGCUGCUGCUUGAGGGUCUUUGCAUGGCAUCCUCACACCAACAAGUUUGCAGUGGCCCUGCAGGAUGACACCAUUCGUGUGUAUAAUGCCAACAGCACUAUAAUUCCUUCCCUGAAGCAUCGGCUACAGCGAAAUGUGGCAGCUCUGGCCUGGAAGCCGCUCAGUGCCUCUGUCUUGGCUGUGGCCUGCCAGAGCUGUAUUCUCAUAUGGACUCUAGACCCCACUUCCUUGUCUACCCGACCUUCUUCUGGCUGUGCCCAGGUAUUGUCUCAUCCUGGACACACACCUGUCACCAGCUUGGCCUGGGCCCCCAGUGGGGGGCGGCUGCUCUCAGCCUCACCUGUGGAUGCUGUAAUCCUGGUAUGGGACAUCUCAACAGAGAUCUGUGUCCCACUUCCAUGGUUUCGAGGAGGCGGAGUUACUAACUUAUUGUGGUCCCCAGAUGGCAGCAAAGUCCUGGCCACCACUCCUUCAGCUGUCUUUCGAGUCUGGGAGGCCCAGAUGUGGACUUGUGAGAGAUGGCCCACUCUAUCAGGGCGCUGUCAGACUGGCUGCUGGAGCCCAGAUGGAAAACGACUGCUGUUCACUGUAUUGGGGGAACCACUGAUUUACUCCUUGUUAUUCCCAGAACAUUGUGGUGAGGGGAAAGGGCGCGUUGGAGGUGCAAAGUCAGCAACGAUUGUGGCAGAUCUGUCUGAAACAACAAUACAGACACCAGAUGGUGAGGAGAGGCUCGGGGGAGAGGCCCACUCCAUGGUCUGGGACCCCAGCGGGGAGCGUCUUGCUGUGCUUAUGAAAGGAAACCCACGGGUACAGGAUGGGAAACCAGUCAUCCUCCUUUUUCGCACUCGAAACAGCCCUGUGUUUGAGCUGCUUCCUUGUGGCAUUAUCCAGGGUGAGCCAGGAGCCCAGGCCCAGCUCAUCACUUUCCAUCCUUCCUUCAAUAAAGGGGCCCUGCUAAGUGUGUGCUGGUCCACAGGCCGGAUCGCCCACAUCCCUUUGUACUUUGUAAAUGCCCAGUUUCCACGUUUUAGUCCAGUGCUUGGCCGGAGCCAAGAGCCCCCAGCUGGUGGAGGCUCUAUUCAUGAUCUGCCACUAUUUACUGAGACAUCCCCAAGCUCUGCCCCUUGGGACCCUCUCCCAGGGCCACCAACUCUUCAGCCCCACUCUCCUCAUCCCCACCUCUAAUUAAAGGUUUGUUUUCCAUUCA